UAAUUAAUUAUGUAUUCGAUAAUACCGAUUGGGAUACCAAAAUUAUUUAGGGAUUGGGAUACCGAAAUUAUUUAGGGAUUGGGAUUGAGAUUCAUUUUAGGGUGUAAUUCGGUAUUCGGGAUUUCGGUAUUUGGUAUUGGGAUACCGAUACUGUAGCGAUUUCCACCCCUACUAGCGACAGAUGAAGCUCUCCUCGCCUUAGAGUUGUAAGCAUAAACCUUCAAACCAACAAAUGGGUUUCAUUGCUCGUUCCAGUCUUCAAACGAUCAGAGUCAUCCUUGUCCUUGCUCCGCUUCACCGUCAUCUGCUGCUGAUCGGCUCGGACCUCUGCCGGAGAUAGCGGUUUAAGUAGGAAUUUGCGAUCCCCGUACCUAAAUCGUUAACAGUUUUCUCGUCCCUCGUGAAUGACCCUUCGAUCAUACUACCAUAGUCGUCCGAGCACAAUAUGGGCUGCCUGCAUCGGAGCUACAUCACACCAUAACUCAUCCUCGUAGUCACCGAUUUUGAAACGAAAUUUAGCCUACUUAUUCACUUUGAGGGUGUCAUAUUCGUUCACCCAAUGUAGAUUGUAAGGCUGAGAGUGUUUGAUCGUUCCUAACCCGAGCCUUUUAACAACGUCAAGGCUAAUAACGUGUGUGCACCUACCUCCAUCGAUUACAACGGAGAGCAAUUUUCCUUCAACUGUGCAACAGGUGUGAAGCAGAAUGUCCCGAUGUUCUUCUUCAGCUCGAGAGUUCAGGGUAAGAACUCGUCGAUUCACCCCGAGAAACUUACCAGGAGGGAUUUCUGCCUCAAUAGAUUCGUCAACGUCAGAAUCAGAAUCAAGCUUGUCAUCUCUGUCUCCUCUUUUUCGUCUUCUGAGACGUAUUCACCAUCGCGAAGCACUAAGGUCUUUUUAUUUGGGCACUAUGUCGAACCAAGGCUACUGAUACCACUUGAUAAGCUCCAACCCUUGAAGCUUGAUGAUCAGAGCAUACAAAAUAUAAACCUCCAAGCUUGUUAUAUGAAAACUGCAGAGAAGGAAAAGAAUAGGGUAAAUGAUGGAGUUGGAAGGUGCAACUUCAACACCAAUUUUGGGGAAGAGGCUCGAUCCAAAUAGGGUAGCAAAUCCACGAUUGAUGUGGUAAAUCAAUCGAUGUUGAGCUCGCUCGUUGCUUGAAUUCAAUCCACUCAACAAGGUCAAUUAAAGAUAGGAAACUCUAUGAAUAAGGUUCUUCAAUAACUAUAAAAAAGCUUCCUUUUACAAAGAUAUGGCCAAGUGUUUAAAUAGCUAGCUAGGUUUACAAUCGACCAAGAACUUCCUAACUAAAUUAGAACUCGAAAAACUAAGCUUAAACAUAAAAGGAAUACUAAUCCAAAUCAAAUAAGGAAAGAAACUCUACCUUCAACUCCAAGUCACUAAACAACCCUUGAGGCAAUUUUUGAGGCUCUUGACCGAUGACUUCCAUGUACGAAAUAAAUCAUUCAAUGCCUC